AUGGCCGGCUUGUCGCGGUCCCUCCACACCCCACCUCGCUCCCCCGCCGCGUCUUACGUCGCCAAUCCCCGCGGCGCAUCGUCAUCCGCGGCGGCCUCAAGGAGCGUCACGCGGUUCGCGUCACAUUCCGGCACCGUCACACGCCGAAACGCCCUCCCUCGGUUCCCCCUGCUCGCGUCGCCCGCCGUCCCUCAUUCCGACACUUACAUAAGACUCGGUAGCAGCAGCAGCCGCACAACCAUCACCACCAGCACCGUCCACGGCAUUCGCGUAGUCAAAUUCGUCCCAACCCAAGCAUCCCUCGCAGACCCCUCCUCUCACUCUCCGUCGUCCUCCCACUCCCCUCCUCACUCCUCCCAUCCACCCCCCACCUCCGCCUCCUCCGCCGCCUCCUCCCCCCGACUUUCCGCUUCCGCCACUAAAGCCGUCGCUACGGGCAGGCAGGCAGACACUGCCACAGAGACGGUUGUCGGGCCGCGUUUCGAGUUCGUGCGAUCUCCGCCGUACGAUCGGCAGCGGAGGGCGCGCGAGCCGUCGGUGGAGGAGAUGCGCGAGGUGCUGCUGGGCGGCGAGGUGGGGCAAGCUUUGGACGGACAUGCCGCCCGGGCGGGCCCGAGUCCCGUGGCUGAGCUGUCAUACGAGCUCGUGCAAGGCGCACUGGUGCGGUGGUCGGAAGACCGCACCCGCCGCCAGGCCCCGCCCCCCACAGCAGUGCUCAUUCACGGCAUUCUGGGCAGCGGCACGAACUGGGGCUCCUUCGCCCGCCGCCUCGCUACAGAGUUCCCCGCCUGGCAGUUCCUCUGUGUGGACCUGCGUUGCCACGGGGCCUCCACAGCAGCAUCGAGGCACCUGGGACCGCAUUCUGUCCAGUCUGCUGCAAAGGACGUGCUGCACCUGAUGGGUCGUCUUCGCAUCACUCCCCGCAUUCUCAUCGGCCACAGCUUCGGCGGCAAAGUGGCUUUAAGCAUGAUCGACCAAGCAGCAAAGCCCAUGCCCAGUGCUAUCAAGGUGUGGGUGUUGGAUGCCACACCGGGCAAAGUGAGGGCAGGGGGCGAUGGGGAGGACCAUCCGGCCGACCUGAUUGAUGCACUCAGAGGCAUGCCGCCGCUGAUCCUAGACCGCAGCGAGGUGGUAAACUCUCUCCUCUCGCAGGGAUUCUCCAAGCCCAUCGCGCAGUGGAUGACCACCAACCUCACCAGGACGCACCUGCCCUCGCUAGACCUGCUUCAGGACCUGCCUCCUUCACAGCAGCAGCUGCAUGAGGAGGCUGCCAGGGUGGCUAGUAGGGGACAGGCGGCGUAUGGGUGGGCGUUUGACCUGGACGGGAUUGCUCAGAUGUACUCCUCGUAUGAGACCACGAAUCUCUGGCAUCUAGUGGAGGACGUGCCAGAGGGAGUGCAUAUCAACUUCCUGCGGGCUGAGAGGUCGCUGCACCGGUGGGCACGGGACGACAUUCGGAGGAUACUGGGAGCGGAGCAGGAGGCGAUGGGGCAUGGCGCUGCUGUGCGGAUGCACGUGUUGGAAGACGCCGGGCACUGGGUCCACACCGACAACCCUGAUGGGCUCUUUCAAAUCCUCGCGCCUUCUUUCGGCCCCUCACGCUUCAGAGACCAUUAG